AGACAGCGAGCGUCGCUGUCGCUUGUUUAAAAAGUUUUGCAUAGUUUUAUUAUUUAUUUUCAAUACGCAAAAUCAACUAUAACAUUUUGUGAAAUUGUGGCAAAAGUAUCCACAAAAUUGUUCAGUUUUUAUUAUUUGUUGUUACUGCUACGGCCUGGUUUUUCGAUUUUUCCAAUUGCUACAAAGCCGUGUCAGUGCUCAGUGUAAGUGCGUGUGUGUUGGUUUUGUGUUUGCCUUCUACGCGCCUGUGAAAAAUCGAAGUUAUUGCAUUACGUUGUGCCAGCUGCCCAGCUGCUCGUCCUAUGGGAUUUUGUUUUACAUUUUAAUGCCAGUCGCGUGCUCGUUGAGCUAAGUCACUCACUUAAUAGCCGAUACCAACAGACAGACAGACAGUCCGAAACAUGGCCGAGGACACCGAGUACAAAAAGUUGCCCAUUGAGGAGAGAUGCGUCCACAAGUUGUGGAAGGCGCGUGUCGAUGGCUACGAGGAAGCAGCCAAACUCUUUCGCGAGCUCGACGAUGAAAAGUCACCGGAGUGGUCCAAAUAUGCAGGAUUGAUCAAGAAAAUGGUCGUCGACUCCAAUGCCCUCGCCCAGGAGAAGGGUCUGGAGGCGGCGUUGAUUUUUGUGGAGAACAGUGGCCUCGCUGGACGUACAGUGGGCGAUGUGAUGACGGGUAUUGUCCAGAAGUGCAUUGCGGCGCCGAAGACUAAGACCAAGGAGCUCUCCGUGCAGGUCACUCUCAUGUAUGUCGAGAUUGAGAAGCAUGAAGCGGUCAUAGAGGAGCUGGUGAAGGGCAUGGAACACAAGAAUCCUAAAAUUGUGUCUGCCUGUGUUGCAGCCACCACACAAGCAAUGAAAGAAUUUGGCACCAAGGUCAUUGGGGUCAAGCCGAUCAUCAAAAAGUUGGCUCCACUUUUGUCGGAUCGCGAUAAAUCCGUACGGGAUGAAACUAAGCAAUUGGCCGUUGAAAUGUUUCGCUGGGUUGGAAACGCCAUGAAAGCACAUAUAUCCACAUUGCCACAGGUCACCAUUAAGGAGCUCGAGGAUGAGUUUGACAAACUAAAGGGUGAAUGUGCCAAGCCAACCAGGUAUCUUAAAUCCCAGCAGGAGAAACAGGCUAAAAUUGCUGAUGAAGCCGCCACUGAGGAGGCCUACAAUGAUGAUGAUCCCGAAGCUGGCGCCGAAGAAGUAGAUCCCAUGGACCAAAUUGAUCCAGUUGAUAUACUCUCCAAGAUGCCCAAAGAUUUUUAUGAUAAGCUCGAAGAGAAGAAGUGGACGCUGCGUAAGGAAUCGCUCGAGGCAUUGGAAAAGCUGCUUACCGACAAUCCCAAGCUGGAGGGCGGUGAAUAUGGCGCUCUGGUCAACGCAUUGAAGAAAGUUAUUACUAAGGACUCCAAUGUGGUACUCGUGGCCAUGGCGGGCAAAUGUUUGGCUCUGCUGGCCAAGGGUCUGUCCAAGCGAUUCUCCAACUAUGCUACGGCUUGCGUGUCAUCUCUGCUGGAAAAAUUUAAAGAGAAGAAACCAAAUGUUGUGAGCGCUCUACGGGAGGCCAUGGAUGCUAUUUAUGCCUCGACAACGCUGGAGGCUCAACAGGAAUCCAUAGUGGAAGCUCUUGCCAAUAAGAAUCCGAACGUCAAGUCAGAGACGGCACUAUUCCUGGCACGUGCACUCACUCGCACACAGCCAUCAGCAUUGAACAAAAAACUGGUUAAACUGCUGACCACCACGUUGAUUAAGACCCUCAACGAAUCAGAUCCCACAGUGCGUGACAGCAGCGCUGAGGCAUUGGGUACACUGAUGAAGCUAAUGAGCGAGAAAGUACUGACCCCGUUGCUGGUCGAUGUGGAUCCGCUGAAGAUGAGCAAAAUCAAGGAAUGCCACGACAAGACCGAUAUCAAGAUCAAGGUAGCCGCUCCGAAAAAGGAAGCACGCCCGGCAACAGCACCGACAGCCAAAUCAGCAGCUGCUGCAUCCAAGCCCAGCGGUGGUAGCGUAGAUCCCAAACCAGUUUCACGUCCUGCAACAUCAGGUGUGCGCAAGACAGUCAAGAAACCAGCGACAACAACGGGUGCAGCUCCAGCUGCGCUUUCGAAGGCAGCCAGCGGCAAAGCGCUGGCCACGGAACGCGAAAUGACGCCCGAGGAGGUACAGGAUAAGGCAGAUGAGCUAUUGCCCCCCGAUAUUUUGAAUGGUUUGGUCGACAGCAACUGGAAGAAUCGUCUAGCCGCUGUGGAACAGCUGCUCGGACAAAUCACCAGCUACGAUACCAAACAGCCGGGCAUAUCUCAAGUUUUAGUUCGCACUAUAAGCGGACGGAAGCCUGGUCUAAAGGAGAUGAACUUCCAGGUACUCAAAUAUAAGCUGGACAUCAUACGCAGCGUGGCCGAGAAUUAUCCGCUAACAACUAUAACUGUGGAUCAGGUGGUCACCGAAAUAACCGAGAAACUAGGUGAUGCCAAGAACAGCGGUUCAGCAGCCGAUGUGCUCACGGCUUUGUCAGAGGCCACCAAGCUGGAGUAUGUAGUAGGAAAGGUUCUUAGCUUUGCACUUGAGCAAAAGUCACCCAAAGUGCAGUCGGAGGCCUUCAACUGGAUUAACAAGUCGAUCAUUGAGUUUGGCUUUAAGAUUCAGCCCAAAAUGCUCAUCGAAGAUGUUAGGAAGGGUGUCCAGAGCACGAAUCCGACAGUGCGCGGCGCUGCUAUUCAACUUGUUGGUACCAUGACCAUGUACAUGGGAAAUGCAGUGAUGAUUUUCUUCGAUAGUGAAAAACCAGCAUUGAAAUCGCAAAUUCAGACCGAAUUCAACAAGAAUCUCGGCGAGAAACCGCCCAAGCCGAUACGUGGUGUGCAGCGAAGUAGCGUAAGCCCCGAUGAUGAUGAGGAUGAGGAUGGCGCCACAGGGUCAUCAGAUCCAGAGAUUGGCAAUUUGGCGGAUCUGUUGCCACGCGUUGACAUUUCGAGUCAGAUAACAGAGGCAUUGCUAAAGGAAAUGUCCGACAAGGACUGGAAGACACGAAAUGAGGGACUCACCAAGUUGCAGGCUAUCAUUACUGAAGCCAAACUGAUAAAGCCGACCAUUGGAGAUCUGGCGCCAGCUCUCGCACAUCGUCUGGUCGAUUCUAAUGCAAAAAUAGCACAGACUUCCCUUUCAAUUUGUGAGCAACUAUCGACAGCCAUGGGCGCCGGGUGUCGCAGUCAUGUGCGUGUCCUAUUCCCAGGUUUUCUACAUGCUCUCGGCGACAACAAGAGUUUUGUUCGAGCCGCUGCUCUCAAUUGUAUCAACAGCUUUGGCGAACAAGGUGGUUACAAGGAGUUCUUUGAAAGCGAGAUGAUAGCCGAUGCCCUGAAGAGUGGGUCGCCCGCGCUUAAAACCGAACUCUGGUCCUGGCUUGCUGAAAAGCUGCCCCCCUUGCCGCCCAAAUCGAUAAACAAGGAUGAGCUGACCUCAAUUGUUCCGCAUCUAUAUGCGCAUAUCUGUGAUCGCAAUGCGGAUGUACGUAAAAAUGCCAAUGAAGCUGUCUUGGGUAUUAUGAUUCAUCUGGGUUUCGAAACGAUGUCCCGUGCCCUGGAAAAACAGAAGCCCGCCUCGAAGAAGGAUAUCAUGGCAGCACUUGAAAAGGCUCGCCCCAACUUACCAAUUAAACCGCUUCCCAAGGGCAAGCAGCAAGCUCCCAUCCCCGAAGAAACGAAAAAGGUGGUGCGCAGUGGGGGCGCAGCUGCUGCACAAAAGCAAGGUGCGGGCAAAGCAGCUGGUGCCGGCGGAGACAAAUCAACAGCUGCCGUUCCGUCGCGUAAAAAGGAGGAGGAUGUGGACACAUCACCUCUGCUGGCGGUUAACAGCAUCAAGAAUCAGAGACUUAUCGAUGAACAAAAAAUGCGCGUUCUCAAAUGGACAUUCACCACGCCCCGCGAGGAAUUUACGGAUCUACUCCGCGAUCAAAUGACCACAGCCAGUGUGAAUAAGGCAUUGAUGGCCAACAUGUUCCACGACGACUUUCGUUAUCACUUGAAAGUCAUUGAGCAGUUGAGCGAGGAUUUGCCAAAUAACAGCAAAGCAUUGAUAUGUAAUCUGGAUUUAAUAUUGAAGUGGCUGACGCUACGUUUCUACGAUACGAACCCUUCUGUGCUUAUUAAGGGUCUCGAGUAUCUAGGACAAGUGUUCCAGAUGUUGGUCGAAAUGGAAUAUAUGAUGGCGGAGAAUGAGGGCAGCAGCUUUGUGCCUCAUUUACUCCUAAAGAUUGGUGAUUCAAAGGAUGCGGUCCGAAAUGGUGUGCGUCGAGUCCUGCGACAGAUUAAUCUCUUGUAUCCCUUCACCAAGGUCUUCUCGUACGUGAUGGACGGACUUAAGUCAAAGAAUGCACGACAGCGUACAGAAUGCCUGGACGAAUUGACUUAUCUCAUUGAGAACUACGGACUGAGCAUUUGCCAGCCAUCGCAACAGGUCGCACUCAAGGAGAUUGCACGUCAGAUCUCAGAUCGUGACAACUCAGUGCGAAAUGCAGCUCUCAAUUGCAUUGUGAUGGCAUAUUUCCUGGCCGGUGAGAAGAUCUACAAGUUAAUUGGCCAGCUGAGCGAAAAGGACCUCUCCAUGCUGGACGAGCGCAUCAAGCGAGCAAAAAAGACUAGAAAACCAACAGCUGCUCCAGCAGAAGUUCCACCUAGCAACAAGCCGCCAUCGCAGUUGGUGCAGCAGAAUAGCAUUGAGAUUGAGGAUGCUGAGUGCAAUGGCUGUGACGAGCUGCCACCGCCAGACGAAGAGGGCUGCCAGCAGCCACAAUUAAAUGCCCGUGGGCGAAGCAACAAGCUUAUGGAACGGAGUGACUCAAACGUAGAGACCAAAUUGCAUUCCCUAACUCGACAGGCGACAUUUGAUCAGGCGCCGUCAGCACAGGUGCUCCUGCUCCAGCAGCAACUGCAGCUACAACAACAACAGGCACAGCAGCAGAGAACGAGCGGUCCCUUUGGCCUAGAUCCCAAUGUGAUGGCCGAGAUUGAGAAAAAUUGGGUGCGUGCCGAUCAAAUUGCUUCUAGGGAUUAUCCUCCCGUGGACAUCUCGCUGCUCUAUGAGCCAAUUAAGGUGAUACCUACGAAGGAAGGAAUCCAAUAUCCCCAGGACAAAUUCGAUCGUCUCAUAGCGCGAUCACGUUACAUUCAACAAAACCUGACAACAUCGCCGCAGUCAAAUACCACUAGUCAUAUGACCAGCGGUAUUUCCCCCUAUCGUAGUCCAAUGCGAAUGCAGCAACAGAUGCAGACACAUCAGAAUCACAUGGAGAGCAAUUUGCCCAACUUAGCCGAUGUGCUGCCCAAGCAUGAUCCACAGCUGGUAAAGAUCAUUAAGGCAGUCAGCAGUACGGACACAUUGAAAGCGCGAGCGGCCAUCAAUGAACUGACCGCCAUCAUUGAAUCACCCGAAAAACAGGCUGUGCUACGUGACUAUGAGGAAAUAUUCAUACAAAAUGUGCUGGCACAAUUGAAGAAUCUCUCGCAGCUGCCAAUACCGCAGGCCCUGGUUGUGUAUCAGCCUUUGUUGUCCAUUUUGUACACAUUUUUCAAUGCCAACAUCUUGGGCAAGACGCUGACCGAUGUAUGUAUUAAGAAUCUCAUGUCUGCGUUGUUGCAUCUGCUGGCCGACCAAAAGCUGACCAGUGGCGAUGAUAGCCAAUACAACAAGGUGAUCAAUGGCAUAUGCCUAAAAGUUCUUGACAAGGUCAACUUUACAAAUAUAUUCUGCGCUUUAAUUCGAUUAUUGAGAGAAACCUGCCCGGUUGCAGGUCUGCCAAAGUUUACAGAUUUGCUUAUGAAAUGCAUUUGGCGCAAUAUUAAAAUGUUGCCAGAACGCACCAAUGAACUGAACUACGAUGCAGUCAUAUUGGAGGUGCAUGAAUUUAUGCUGGCAUUGCCCAGCUCCUGGUGGGAAAAUCGUCCAACGGACACGCCUCUGCGAACCAUCAAAACGAUAAUACACAACAUGGCCAAGGUGAAGGGCAAUGCCAUAUUGCAGCAUCUCAAUCAGAUACCAACACACUCCGAACUCCACAAAUAUUUGAUACGCAUCCUGAAGAAUUUCCAAAAGGAUGGCACUGUGUCCGGCACGGGUGUCUCGCCACAGCGUCAGCAAUUUACAGCCAAGGAUAUGGCCUCAAAGCGCAUAUCGCACCAGACACACGAUACAGUAUCGCAGAUCUUUAAGCUCAUCUCGGACAAGGACACCAAACAGCAAGGACUGCAAAAACUCUACGACUUUAAGCAACAAAAUCCGGACAUUGAUCUGAGCACCUUUUUGCAAGGAGCCAGCGCAACGUUCCACAAGUAUAUCGAAGAGGGUCUCGCCGAGAUUGAGCGCAACCAGAACGCGGGCUCUACACAAGCACCGGAUAACCGCACGGCUGCUACUCGUUCUUAUCUCACAGAUGUCAACUAUCAGAAUGCCACUCAUGAUCCGGACUACUGGAUGGAUCGCUUACAGAAAAUGAUGUCGACACGAAGCUCUGCGGACGAUGGCUCAAAUAUCCUGGACAAUAAGGUGGCCGACGAGAAUCUCUGCUUAAACUCGAUGAAUCCACAGAAGGUCUCGCUCAUCAGACGUGAGAAACCCGAACUGUCGCCCAAUCGCCUUCAGCACAUACAGGCCAAACUGGCGCAGAUCAAAAAGGAGAAUCAUGCCCAAUAAGUGCAGACAUUGCUUAUUACUGUUUAGGUUACGCUGCAUAGCUGAUUGAUCUGCAAUGGAUUACUAUAUACAUAUAUAUAUAUAUAUUAAUAUACGUUCUAUUUUAUUGAUCUGAUCAGAAAUGAGAUUAGCUCUCCCAUAGGGCGGCAGCGUGAACUACGCGUAAAUCAUUUAUUAUUUAAACAUAACAUAACUUAACGUAUGCUUAUAGACUUUCGGUAUAAUCAUAAUAUUUAGUAACAAGCAGAACUCGAAAGCAGGUUAACAACAAUAACAGUAACAAUAAUAAUAACGGCAUUCUACACAAUAUCUACUAUUAAUUACUAUUACUAACGAAUUAUUCUACAGAAAACAAAUAAUCUAUGUAUUAGCACUGAGUUAUAUAUUUGGUAUGCGUUUCGAAUUUCGUAUUGGCUGAUUCGAGAUUAGAUUUUUUAAACUUGUUUCGUUUGGUCUUGUUAAGUUAGCUUGGAGUUUCCUUCUGAAUUUACGUUAAUUAAAAGGGUUUACUAUUGAGUUUAAAUUUAGUAGAUAAUGUCAUUUAAACAUGUUAAAGAUUUAUAUAUCUUAUAAUAAAAGAAAACUGUUUUGUCCCCCCCCUUUGAAACAUAUAAGAUAUUAUGUGGUUAUGUUCCAACCAAGAUUGUUUUGAGCCAGGCCAAGCAAACGUGUAAGGCUCAGUGCGUGUUAAUGAACUAUUAAUUAAUUAAUUACAAACAUUUAACUACAUACAAGCUUGUAACUAGAUAAACAACAGUUUUGCUACAUAGAAAUUACGUUUUGUUUUAACAAAUGUCUAGUUUAGUUUAAGACUCAUCCAGUUUAACACACACAAAACACACACAGACACAUACCACAUCAACACAUAAACAUAUGCGUAUUUUUGUAACAUGCCCCAUUAUUUAUGCAACAAAAUAAAUGUUAUAUUUAUAAUUCAA